GUUCCGGGUAUAAUUGACUUUGCCGGAGCCAGAUAAACAUCCGUGCCAAGGACGCCCCCAGAUUACAGAAAACGGCGGCUCGUGAGUGAGGCAUGCGCUAAAUACCGCGUCCAACGUCAAUCUGUCACUUGACACUGACAGGUCUCCAUCAUUCUCCCUCCACACACAUCCACUGUGCGCUCAUCUGUUGGCAUAUUCAUUGCACACGGCUGGAUCUGGCGACAGAUCUCACACUCAGCAAUGACGUCGACGACACAACCCCUCGAGGCGCGUCUCCACGCCCUCCUCCCGUCGCACCCUGCGCUGCGCACAUCUCUUCUGCCCGCCCUGCUCACCUCCUUCACCCAGAUCGCGCAGACCCUGCGGACAUCGCAGCGCGUGGCCCUCGCCGGCUCGGCCAAUCACUUUGGCGAUGACCAGCUCAACGUCGAUGUCAGCUGCGAGAAGCACAUUCGCGACGCGCUAGAGGGAUGCCCCAGCGUCGUCGUGGCGAGCUCAGAAGAGGACCCCGUCGAGGUGGCCGUCGCCCACGCACCUGGCGCGCAGACAGGCGAGGAGAGGUAUAGUGUCGCCUUUGAUCCGCUAGACGGUAGCUCCAUCAUUGCGCCCAACUGGACCGUGGGCACGAUUGUGGGUGUGUGGGCGGGGGACACAGCCGUGGGCGUCUCCUCAUCGCAGCAGAUUGCGAGCCUGUUUGGCGUCUACGGACCCCGUACGACGGCGUACAUGGCCAUACGGCUCCCGGGACAGGACGACGGCGGCGUGUGCGUAGAGCUGGGUCUGAACGAGGACAACCGCACCUGGGACGUUCUGCGUGAAAAAGUCACCCUGACGCAGGAACCCAAGGCCAGAUACUUUGCGCCCGCGAAUCUGCGUUCCGCAGCGUACAGCGAACCGUACAUGGAUCUUAUCCACCACUUUAUCCGGGAGCGGUAUAACCUGCGCUACUGCGGUGGUCUUGUGCCGGACCUGGUGCAUACGUUUGUCAAGGGUCACGGGGUCUACGUGUCGCCUGUGACGGCGCGCGAUGGGCCCAAGCUGCGUAGGUUGUAUGAGCUGUUGCCCGUCGCGCUUCUGAUGGAAUGCGCGGGCGGUAGGGCGGUGGAUCCGCAAGAUGGACGAGAUGUGCUCGAUAGAGUCGUGAGAGGGACGGAAGAGAAGGGGGGUCUGGUGUGUGGGAAUGCGGAGGAUGUGGAGAUGGUGAUGAGGACUCUACGGAGAGGGUAGAGACGGGAGAUGGUGAAACUAGAGUAAGCUAUCUAUCUCAUGUUAUCUCUGUGCUGUUUGCGGACAGGGACCUUGUGAGUAUGAAAGGGUGGAUAGUAAAAGAGACGGGACAUGUGAGAUUAUGUGGCUGGAAUGGUUUGACCCUGAGACGGCUUGUGAACCCUGGACUUCGUUGUUGCUGAUGAGCACAAAGUUGAAAGCAGGGUCUUCCUUGAGCCAAAUGCCAGAUAGGCGAUAUGGCAUUGCUAGAGGACUGGAAGAGAACAUGAAGCGUUAUAAAGAGAUAGGGUAACUAAAAGCUGACACUUGCGCUGACCAUUACUAAGCUUGGUCAUACCCCUUCCCA